UUAGGGGUAACCUCACCGGAGGCACCGAAGCCUCGUCGUAACAAAGAUCCCCACUUACCCACGGGAACCGAGACAGGGAGAGUCUCGGAGGCUGCUCUUUUACAAUCCCCCAACACCUCUUCUUCUCUCCUCCUCGCUCCCAUGUUGCCGCCGCCGCCGCCGCCUCGGCCGGCGAAACCAUCUCUCCUCCUCCUCUCCUCCUUCCACCACCGCCACCACCCAUUAGCAUCACCGACGCGGCCGGGCCGUGCGGCGGUGGCGCCGGCCCUGCUCCUCCUCCUAGUACUAAUAGUAUCACUGCUUGAGCUCCCUCCGGCUGCCGUCAGCGACCCGGACGAUGAGCGGUGCCUGACGAACCUCCGGCAGUCGCUGUCGGACCCGACGCACAGCCUUCGGAACUGGAGCAAGACCACCUUCGCCGCUCCCUGCAACGGCUUCACCUCCUACCUGGGCGGCGCCACCUGCAACAACGGCCGCGUCUACAAGCUGUCGCUGGCGAAUCUGUCCCUUUCCGGCACGCUCUCCCCGUUCCUCGCCAACUGCACCAACCUCCAGUCCCUGGACCUCUCUUCCAACGCCCUCACCGGGCCCAUCCCCCCCGAGUUCUCCUCCCUCCUCAACCUCGCCGUCCUCAACCUUUCCGCCAACCGCCUCUCCGGCCCCAUCCCCCCGCAGCUCGCCCUCUGCGCCUAUCUCAACGUCAUCGACCUCCACGCCAACGCCCUCUCCGGCCUCAUCCCGGACCAGCUCGGCCUCCUCGUCCGCCUCUCCGCCUUCGACGUCUCCUACAACCAGCUCUCCGGCCCCAUCCCCGUCCUCCUUGCCAACCGCUCCGGGGGGCUUCCCCGCUUCAAUGCCAGCUCUUUUAUUGGCAACAAGGACCUCUACGGCUACCCGCUGCCGCCGGCGACGGGGAGGGGGCUCUCGGUGCUCGCCAUCGUCGGGAUCGGGCUCGGCAGCGGGCUGCUCAGCCUCGUCCUCAGCUUCACCGCCGUCUGCAUCUGGCUCCGCGUCACCGAGCAGCAGGGGACGAUGCCAGGCGAGGAGGGCAAGAUCUCCCACCUCAUGCCCGACUACUGAAUUCGAUUUUUAUUUACUAAGCUUCCCUUCCCUGCUCCAUCCACCAUAAAAAUCGCAUCUUGGGACUUCCCCUGUUUCUUGUUGGGCUAUUGUUCCUCCUCCUCUCAUAUUAUUUUUGUUUUCUUUUUUUUUUUCUUGGGGG